AUGGGAUAUCAAAUUGCAUUUGAACUUGCAGAAAAUGCACAUCAAAAAUAUCGUGCCCAAGUUAUCGACAAUUUACCACCAGAGCUCAAUAUUGUUAAAGACAUUUUAACACGCAAACUCCUUUUACAGAAAUAUUUAGAUUUCCUCUUCCAGAAAAACAAAAAUGAUAUUCAUGUCCUUAUUUCCCUUAAAGAUUCACUUGAUACAGCCCGCUCAAUCAUCCAUACAUCCGUAACUAUUGCCUAUUCUUACAUGUACGCUGGAGUUGGCGAUGAUAAUUUCUUCAGAGUCAAUUUGAACUGGUUUAUCACGACACGUAAGUGGGCUCAGUUCACAACCGCCGCUGCAGUCGGAGCCAUCCAUGUUGGCCACCUAGAAGACGCUCUAAAAGUUCUGACAUCUUUUUUGGUCAAAGAAGCUCCCGAACAUGUCACAGGCGGUGCCAUUUAUGCUCUUGGCCUCAUCUAUGUCAACUACAGAUGGGACAAAGCCAUUCUCAACAUUGUUACAGAGAAAUUAGAAUCAUCCUCUCAGAAAACAUCGUACGAUCAGACCAACAAGCCUCUAUACGUCAUCCAGCAUGGUGCAUGUCUUGCUCUUGGCCUCAUCUCCCUCGGCAGCCGCGAUACUUCUCAUUAUAAUUUAUUAUUAAAAGUUAUAAGGGAAGAUCAUCCCGAACCAGGUGAAGCUGCCGGAUACGCUCUUGGCAUGGUCAUGCUCGGCAGUGGCAGCCAGGAAACCAUUGACGAGAUGAUCAGAAUCUGCGAAAACACCGAACACGAGAAAAUCAUGCGAGGCAUUGCGAUGGGCCUUGGAUUUGUCCUCUACGGAUGCGGCGCCAGAGCAAACGACACUAUCCAGCGAAUGCUCGACAGCAGGCAGCCUCUCAUGCGCGAAGGAGCUGCAUGGAUCAUCGCACUCGCAAACAUAG